AUGUCUGAUAAAAUGCCAUUGUGUUUAGUGUCCAUUGCUUAUGCCCGCCCCUACCAUAACGCCUUCACCACCCUGGGGCCCUCUGUUCACAACGUUGUCAUCAUCAAAACGCUCGCCCACGCGAGCGAAAUAAAGAGCAGUGAUACUAGCAAGAGCAGUGAUACUAGCAAGAGCAGUGAUAGUAGCAAGAGCAGUGAUAGUAGCAAGAGCAGUGAUUGUACCAAGAGCACUGAUUGUACCAAGAGCACUGAUAGUAACAAGAGCACUGAUAGUAACAAGAGCACUGAAAGAAGCAAGAGCUGUGAUAGUAGCAAGAGCAGUCAUAGUAGCAAGAGCACUGAAAGAAGCAAGAGCAGUGAUAGUAGCAAGAGCACUGAUAGUAGCAAGAGCACUGAAAGAAGCAAGAGCAGUGAUAGUAGCAAGAGCACUGAUAGUACCAAGAGCAGCGAUACCAACAAGAGCAGGGAUAGUAGCAAGAGCAGUGAUAGUAGCAAGAGCACUGAAAGAAGCAAGAGCAGUGAUAGUAGCAAGAGCACUGAUAGUAGCAAGAGCACUGAUGGUAGCAAGAGCACUGAAAGAAGCAAGAGCAGUGAUAGUAGCAAGAGCACUGAAAGAAGCAAGAGCUGUGAUAGUAGCAAGAGCAGUGAUAGUAGCAAGAGCAGUGAUACCAGCAAUAGCAGUGAUAGUGGCAAGAGCAGUGAUAGUAGCAAGAGCACUGAUAGUAGCAAGAGCACUGAUAGUAGCAAGAGCACUGAAAGAAGCAAGAGCAGUGAUAGUAGCAAGAGCACUGAUAGUAGCAAGAGCAGUGAUAGUAGCAAGAGCACUGAAAGAAGCAAGAGCAGUGAUAGUAGCAAGAGCAGUGAUAGUAGCAAGAGCGGUGAUAGUAGCAAGAGCAGUGAUACCAGCAAUAGCAGUGAUAGUGGCAAGAGCACUGAUAGUAGCAAGAGCACUGAUAGUAGCAAGAGCAGUGAUAUUAGCAAGAGCAGUGAUAUUAGCAAGAGCAGUGAAAGAAGCAAGAGCACUGACAGUAGCAAGAGCAGUGAAAGAAGCAAGAGCACUGACAGUAGCAAGAGCAGUGAUAGUAGCAAGAGCAGUGAUAGGAGCAAGAGCAGUGAUAGUUGCAAGAGCACUGAAAGAAGCAAGAGCACUGACAGUAGCAAGAGCAGUGAUAGUAGCAAGAGCAGUGAUAGUAGCAAGAGCAGUGAUAGUAGCAAGAGCACUGAAAGAAGCAAGAGCACUGAAAGAUGCAAGAGCACUGACAGUAGCAAGAGCAGUGAUAGUAGCAAGAGCACUGAUAGUAGCAAGAGCAGUGAUAGUAGCAAGAGAACUGAAAGAAGCAAGAGCAGUCAUAGUAGCAAGAGCACUGAAAGAAGCAAGAGCACUGAUAGUAGCAAGAGCACUGAUAGUAGCAAGAACAGUGAUAGUAGCAAGAACAGUGAUAGUAGCAAGAGCAGUGAUAGUAGCAAGAGCAGUGAUACCAGCAAUAGCAGUGAUAGUGGCAAGAGCACUGAUACUAGCAAGAGCAGUGAUAGUAGCAAGAGCAGUGAUAUCAGCAAUAGCAGUGAUAGUGGCAAGAGCACUGAUAGUAGCAAGAGCAGUGAUAGUAGCAAGAGCACUGAUAGUAGCAAGAGCAGUGAUAGUAGCAAGAGCAGUGAUAGUAGCAAGAGCAGUGAAAGAAGCAAGAAUACUGAUAGUAGCAAGAGCACUGAUAGUAGCAAGAGCAGUGAUAGUAGCAAGAGCACUGAAAGAAGCAAGAGCACUGACAGUAGCAAGAGCAGUGAUAGUAGCAAGAGCAGUGAUAGUAGCAAGAGCAGUGAUAGUAGCAAGAGCACUGAAAGAAGCAAGAGCACUGACAGUAGCAAGAGCAGUGAUAGUAGCAAGAGCAGUGAUAGUAGCAAGAGCAGUGAUAGUAGCAAGAGCAGUGAUAACAGCAAUAGCAGUGAUAACAGCAAUAGCAGUGAUAGUGGCAAGAGCACUGAUAGUAGCAAGAGCAGUGAUAGUAGCAAGAGCAGUGAUAGUAGCAAGAGCAGUGAAAGAAGCAAGAAUACUGAUAGUAGCAAGAGCACUGAUAGUAGCAAGAGCACUGAUUGUACCAAGAGCACUGAUAGUAACAAGAGCACUGAUAGUAACAAGAGCACUGAAAGAAGCAAGAGCUGUGAUAGUAGCAAGAGCAGUCAUAGUAGCAAGAGCACUGAAAGAAGCAAGAGCAGUGAUAGUAGCAAGAGCACUGAUAGUAGCAAGAGCACUGAAAGAAGCAAGAGCAGUGAUAGUAGCAAGAGCACUGAUAGUACCAAGAGCAGCGAUACCAACAAGAGCAGGGAUAGUAGCAAGAGCAGUGAUAGUAGCAAGAGCACUGAAAGAAGCAAGAGCAGUGAUAGUAGCAAGAGCACUGAUAGUAGCAAGAGCACUGAUGGUAGCAAGAGCACUGAAAGAAGCAAGAGCAGUGAUAGUAGCAAGAGCACUGAAAGAAGCAAGAGCUGUGAUAGUAGCAAGAGCAGUGAUAGUAGCAAGAGCAGUGAUACCAGCAAUAGCAGUGAUAGUGGCAAGAGCAGUGAUAGUAACAAGAGCACUGAUAGUAGCAAGAGCACUGAUAGUAGCAAGAGCACUGAAAGAAGCAAGAGCAGUGAUAGUAGCAAGAGCACUGAUAGUAGCAAGAGCAGUGAUAGUAGCAAGAGCACUGAAAGAAGCAAGAGCAGUGAUAGUAGCAAGAGCAGUGAUAGUAGCAAGAGCGGUGAUAGUAGCAAGAGCAGUGAUACCAGCAAUAGCAGUGAUAGUGGCAAGAGCACUGAUAGUAGCAAGAGCACUGAUAGUAGCAAGAGCAGUGAUAUUAGCAAGAGCAGUGAUAUUAGCAAGAGCAGUGAAAGAAGCAAGAGCACUGACAGUAGCAAGAGCAGUGAAAGAAGCAAGAGCACUGACAGUAGCAAGAGCAGUGAUAGUAGCAAGAGCAGUGAUAGGAGCAAGAGCAGUGAUAGUUGCAAGAGCACUGAAAGAAGCAAGAGCACUGACAGUAGCAAGAGCAGUGAUAGUAGCAAGAGCAGUGAUAGUAGCAAGAGCAGUGAUAGUAGCAAUAGUAGCAAGAGCACUGAUAGUAGCAAGAACAGUGAUAGUAGCAAGAACAGUGAUAGUAGCAAGAGCAGUGAUAGUAGCAAGAGCAGUGAUACCAGCAAUAGCAGUGAUAGUGGCAAGAGCACUGAUACUAGCAAGAGCAGUGAUAGUAGCAAGAGCAGUGAUAUCAGCAAUAGCAGUGAUAGUGGCAAGAGCACUGAUAGUAGCAAGAGCAGUGAUAGUAGCAAGAGCACUGAUAGUAGCAAGAGCAGUGAUAGUAGCAAGAGCAGUGAUAGUAGCAAGAGCAGUGAAAGAAGCAAGAAUACUGAUAGUAGCAAGAGCAGUGAUAGUAGCAAGAGCAGUGAUAGUAGCAAGAGCACUGAAAGAAGCAAGAGCACUGACAGUAGCAAGAGCAGUGAUAGUAGCAAGAGCAGUGAUAGUAGCAAGAGCAGUGAUAGUAGCAAGAGCACUGAAAGAAGCAAGAGCACUGACAGUAGCAAGAGCAGUGAUAGUAGCAAGAGCAGUGAUAGUAGCAAGAGCAGUGAUAGUAGCAAGAGCAGUGAUAACAGCAAUAGCAGUGAUAGUGGCAAGAGCACUGAUAGUAGCAAGAGCAGUGAUAGUAGCAAGAGCAGUGAUAGUAGCAAGAGCAGUGAUAGUAGCAAGAGCAGUGAUAGUAGCAAGAGCAGUGAAAGAAGCAAGAAUACUGAUAGUAGCAAGAGCACUGAUAGUAGCAAGAGCACUGACAGUAGCAAGAGCAGUGACAGUAGCAAGAGCAGUGAUAGUAGCAAGAGCAGUGAUAGUAGCAAGAGCACUGAUAGUAGCAAGAGCAAUGACGGCACCAGCACCUGUUGA